AUGUCUGCUGAAGCCAAGGCCAAGGAUUAUUUUGCACAGGGCGAGAAAGCAUUGAAGAAGACGUCCUUCUUCUCAUUCGGCUCGAAUUCACAGCGUAAUGAAGAUGCCAGUGAUUUAUUUGGGAAAGCAGCAAACCAGUUCAAGAUUGCUAAGAAUUGGCAAAAAGCUGCUGAAGCUUUCGAGAAAUGUGCACGGUGUCAAUCUCGUUUGAAUGAAAACUCACGUGCUGCUCAGUUUUACCAGCAAGCAGCAGAAGCUUUAGCUAAAGUGAAUCCAUUGGAUGCUAUGGUGCACUACAAGACUGCAAUCUCAAUGCUGUGUGACGCUGGACGAUUUUCAAAUGCUGCCAAGCUCCAGAAACAGGUUGGUGAGAUUUAUGAGCAGCAGAAUAACAAGGAGGAAGCUUUGGAAGCCUAUCGUCAGGCUGCUGACUACUUUUCUGGUGAAAACCAAACGUCAUCGGCCAACAAUAUGCUGUUGAAGGUGGCGCAAUUUUCGGCAGAGCUGGAAAAGUACGACGCGGCGCUGGAAAUCUACGAAAGCAUUGCAAAGACCUGCAUGGAGUCGAGCCUGCUUAAAUACAAUGCAAAGAGCCACUUGCUAAAUGCUGGCAUCUGUGCGCUUGCUACGAAGGACACGGUGCUGGCGCAGAUGAAGUGGGAUGAGUUCCAGGAUAUUGACUAUACUUUUGCAGACAGCCGCGAGGGCAAGUUCCUCAAGCUAAUGAACCAGAGUUACGAAGCUUUUGAUGCAGACGCGUUUGCAGAUGCCGUGUUCCAGUUCGAUUCGAUCUCUAAGAUUGAGCCGUGGAAGAUUACGCUGCUACUGCGCAUUAAGGAGGGCAUCCUGGGUGAGGUCGAUGUGACGCAGGAUCUGACUUAA